CGUAGUUUUCAAUUAGUUCAAAAUGUAUCUCAAAUUGGUUGCAUUAUUCUUUGUUCUUAGUGUCUGUAAUUGUGAAUUGUCAUAUGAUUAUCACAGAAAUGUGGGGAUUCGUGUUGCAAAUUAUGUUCUCCAAAAUGAGAAGAUGGCCAGAAUAAUUGGUGGUUCUAAAGUACCUGGAACUACUUCUUAUCCAUAUCAGGCAGGUAUAGUAGCAACCCUCACAACUGGCUGGACGUCCAUCUGUGGAGGAGCUCUCAUCUCGAACACCCGGGUCCUAACCGCGGCUCACUGCUGGUGGGAUGGUGUUAGUCAAGCAAAGACCUUCACUGUAGUACUGGGAUCCUUGACCAUAUUCACGGGUGGUACAAGAAUAACCAGUAGUGAUGUGGUGGUGCAUCCCUCGUGGAAUUUGAAGGACUAUACACAUGAUGUUGCUGUGGUCAAGAUUGCGAGGGUGGAAUAUAAUAAUAACAUACAAGCAAUACCGUUGCCAAGUGCUGCAGAUGUUAACAAUAACUUCGCGGGCGUCACCGCGACUGUCACGGGGUAUGGCAAGACGAGCGAUGCUCAAACCAGUUUCCCGACCACCACGGCUCUUCACCACAUAAAUUUGAAAGUCAUCACCAACGCAGUAUGCCAGAAAAGUUUUCCCGUGACGAUCCACGGCAGCCAUCUUUGUACCGAUGGCAGUGGCAAGGUUGGCACUUGCGAAGGAGAUUCUGGUGGACCGUUGACUGCUGUGGUUAAUAAUAAACGGACUUUGAUCGGCAUAGUUUCCUUCGGCCUGGCUGACAGCUGCCAGUCUGGGAACCCAUCGGUGUACACGCGGGUGACUGCUUUCCUUACAUGGAUCAACGCACAACUAUAACAGGAAUUAUGUAUAAAAAAGGUUUUGUGCUAAAUAGUAUGGAGAAUAAAUGAUAUGAGAAUUU